GUUCUAAUGAAAGACGUUGUGACACCAGUCCCACAAGAAGAAGUGAAAGCUGUGAUCAGGAAGUGUCUGGAACAGGCUGCCAUAGUCAACUACCAGCGCCUUUCAGAGUAUGCAAAACUGGAAGGGAAAAAGAGAGAGAUGUAUGAGCAUCCUGUCUUCUGUUUGGCAUCUCAAGUGAUGGAUUUAACUAUUCAAAACGUAGGCCGUUUAGUCACCCCUGCUAAAAAAUUGGAAGACACUAUCCGGCUGUCCGAGCUGGUCAUCGAGGUCCUUCAGCAGAAUGAGGAACACCAUGCGGAGGGAAGGGAGGCCUUUGCAUGGUGGUCAGACCUGAUGGUGGAGCAUGCCGAGACCUUCCUGUGUCUUUACUCAGCCGAUAUGGACGCAGCGCUCGAAAUUCAGCCACCUGACAGCUGGGACAGUUUCCCACUUUUCCAGCUGCUCAACGACUUUCUGAGAGUGGACUAUAACCUGUGCAAUGGGAAGUUUCAUAAACACCUACAGGACCUGUAUGCCCCUCUGGUUGUGCGAUAUGUGGACCUGAUGGAGUCAUCCAUUGCCCAGUCCAUUCAUAGAGGCUUUGAGAGAGAGUCCUGGGAACCUGUAAAUAAUGGUUCUGCAACUUCAGAGGACCUCUUCUGGAAGCUGGAUGCUCUACAAACAUUCAUUAAGGAUCUACACUGGCCUGAAGAAGAGUUCGGCAAACACCUGGAAACCAGACUGAAGCUGAUGUCUAGCGACAUGAUAGAGUCGUGUAUAAAACGGACACGGGCAGCAUUUGAGGCCAAGCUGCAGAGAAGCAGUCGAACCACAGAUUUCCGAGUCCCCCAGUCGAUCUGCACCAUGUUUAAUGUCAUGGUGGAUGCCAAGUCUCAGUCAGCCAAACUGUGCGUUGUGGACCUAAGUCAAGAGAGACAAUACCACUCCCAGAUUGACCAUCUGAUUGAGGAGACAGUGAAGGAGAUGAUUACUAUUUUAGUUGCAAAGUUUGUGGUUAUUCUAGAGAGUGUGUUAUCUAAACUCUCCAGAUAUGACGAAGGAACCCUCUUCUCUUCCUUCCUUUCUUUCACAGUAAAAGCUGCUUCAAAGUAUGUGGACGUACCAAAGCCAGGGAUGGAUGUUGCCGACAGCUAUGUUACAUUUAUCCGUCAUUCCCAGGACAUGCUCAGAGAGAAGGUCAACGAGGAGAUUUACGUCGAGAGACUGUUUGAUGUAAGCUGGAAUAAACGAGUUGACUAUGAGCCGGGGACGGGCAGCAAGCAGCUGUUUCCCAAGAUGCACCUGGAGACAUGCGGCGAGCCGCUGUCUUCGCUGAGGGUCACCGUGGAGCUGCAGACCAGCCAUAUUGGGAAGGGCUGCGACCGGGAGACCUACUCUGAGAAAUCCCUACAGAAGCUUUGUGGGGCCUCGUCGGGCAGCACGGACCUCCUUCCGGCCCCCGGCGGCGCCACCAACUGGACGGCCUCCCUGGUGUCUGACAGCGGGCGUGACAGCGACCUGAUCUUCAGGUUUGAUGGGCGUCAGGCGGCCAAAAUCCCCGACUGGGUGGUUCCCCAGAAUCUGACCGACCAGUUCACCAUCGCCACAUGGAUGAAGCACGGCCCCAGCCCCGGGCUCCGAGCCGAGAAGGAGACGCUGCUCUGUAACUCGGACAAAACCGCUUACUCGUCUGUGACACAGAUCUGCACAGGGAUCCAGAGUCAGGGGCCAUUUUCAUGA